UAAAAUUCACCACCCAGACCAAGCUCAGACAUUACUGAUGAUCGCAGAUAACAUCGCUGCUAACCGGGCCUUAGCACACGUUUCUUCCAUGCAGGCUCUAAUCGAUGGACAUUUGUGACAUAAAAUGACAGACUACGGCGAAGAGCAAAGGAAUGAACUAGAAGCAAUAGAGUCCAUUUACCCAGACUCAUUUACAGUGCUUUCCGAGAAGCCCACGAGCUUCACCAUCACAGUUACUUCUGAUGCGGGAGGAAAUGAAGAGACGGUGGAGGUGACUCUUAAGUUUACAUAUGUGGAGAAAUAUCCAGAUGAACCCCCUCAUUGGGAGAUCUUCUCACAGGAGAACCUGGAAGAUUCAGACACAGAAGACAUUCUAACACUUUUAAAGCAACAGGCUGAAGAAAACUUGGGAAUGGUUAUGAUCUUCACAUUGGUCACAGCUGUGCAGGAGAAACUCAAUGAAAUAAUUGACCAGCUUAAGAACAGAAGAGAAGAAGAGAAACUAAGAAAAGAAACGGAGGCCGAAGAAGCUGAGAAGCGUGCAUUCCAAGGCACUGUGGUCACAAUUGAGAACUUCUUAUCAUGGAAAGCAAGAUUUGAACAAGAAAUGAUAGAACUAAAGAAGAAAAGGCAGAAAGAAGAGGAGCAGCCAGGAAAGGGAAAACUUACAGGAAAACAGCUCUUUGAGACCGACCAUAAUCUUGACACAUCAGAUAUCCAGUUCCUGGAGGACGUUGGGAAUAGUGUAGAAGUAGAUGAGUCACUGUUUCAAGACAUGGAUGAUUUGGACUUGGAGGAGGAUGACCCUGAUUUCAACCCACUGGAUUUAGGCAGUGAUGAAGACUGAAUUGUGUUAACUCUCCACUUGACAUGACUGAUUUAGAUGCCAAACAGCCUCAUGGAGCAGGACUUCAGCUCACCAGUUCUAAACACAAACUUUUUUCAGUCACUACCAUCUGUGUUGCAGCAUAUUUAUCAAUAACUGUCAAGCCCAGUGUCAUUUGUCACAAUUCAUAUUAUUAAAACACCAUUCUCUUA